AUGGCUGCUGAUUCAACUGUCGUCUCCAACACGGAGAAUCUCAUGAAGUACAUGUCCUUGGACCAGCGUGGUCAGGUCCAGGCUGAGUACAUCUGGAUUGAUGCUGUCGGUGGCACUCGCUCCAAGACCAAGACUCUGUCCAAGCCCGUCAAGACCGUUGACGAGCUCCCCGAGUGGAACUUCGACGGUUCCUCCACCGGCCAGGCCCCCGGCGACAACUCCGAUGUCUACCUCCGCCCCUGCGCCAUCUUCCCCGACCCUUUCCGUCAGGGUGACAACAUCCUCGUCCUCUGCGAGACCUGGGACUCCGAUGGCAGCCCCAACAAGUUCAACUUCCGUCACGAGGCUGCCCGCCUGAUGGAGACUCACGCCAAGGAGGAGUUCUGGUUCGGUCUUGAGCAGGAGUACACUCUCCUCGGUACUGACGGUUGGCCCUACGGCUGGCCCCGUGGUGGUUUCCCCGGUUCCCAGGGUCCCUACUAUUGCGGUGUCGGUACCGGCAAGGUCUACUGCCGUGACAUCGUCGAGGCUCACUACCGUGCCUGCCUGUACGCUGGUAUCACCCUCUCCGGUAUCAACGCCGAGGUCAUGCCCUCCCAGUGGGAGUACCAGGUCGGCCCCUGCCCCGGUAUUGACAUGGGUGACCACCUCUGGAUGUCCCGCUUCAUCCUCCACCGUGUUGCCGAGGAGUUCGGUGUUCGCAUCUCCUUCGAGCCCAAGCCCAUCAAGGGUGACUGGAACGGUGCCGGUCUUCACUCCAACGUCUCCACUGCUUCUACUCGUGCCGAGGGUGGCAUGAAGGCCAUCGAGGCCGCCAUGAAGAAGCUCGAGGCCCGCCACGUUGAGCACAUUGCCGUCUACGGUGAGGGCAACGAGGAGCGUCUCACCGGUCGCCACGAGACCGGCAACAUCGAGAAGUUCUCAUAUGGUGUCGCCGACCGUGGUGGCUCCAUCCGUAUCCCCCGUCAGGUCGCCAAGGACGGCAAGGGUUACUUCGAGGACCGCCGCCCCGCUUCGAACGCUGAUCCCUACCAGAUCACUGGUAUCAUCGUCGAGACUAUGUGUGGUGGCCUCUAA